AUGGAAAAAUCAAAAAAUUUCCGCAUCGAUGCGCUGCUGGCCGUGGACCCCCCGCGAGCGGCCUCCGCGCAGACCGCGCCGCUGGCCCUGGCCGCCGCUGCUGCAGCCGCCGCCGCCGCCGCCGCGGGGGGCCUGGCGCUGGGGCUGCACCCCGGGGGCGCGCAGGGCGGCGCGGGCCUCCCCGCGCAGGCCGCGCUCUACGGCCACCCGGUCUACGGCUACUCGGCGGCGGCGGCGGCGGCCGCGCUGGCUGGCCAGCACCCGGCGCUCUCCUACUCGUACCCGCAGGUGCAGGGCGCGCACCCCGCGCACCCCGCCGACCCCAUCAAGCUGGGCGCCGGCACCUUCCAGCUGGACCAGUGGCUGCGCGCGUCCACCGCGGGCAUGAUCCUGCCCAAGAUGCCCGACUUUAACUCCCAGGCGCAGUCCAACCUCCUGGGAAAGUGCCGUCGGCCCCGCACAGCCUUCACCAGCCAGCAGCUACUGGAGCUGGAACACCAGUUCAAGCUCAACAAGUACCUGUCGCGGCCCAAGCGCUUCGAGGUGGCCACCUCGCUAAUGCUCACGGAGACCCAGGUGAAGAUCUGGUUCCAGAACAGGCGGAUGAAGUGGAAACGCAGCAAAAAGGCCAAGGAGCAGGCGGCGCAGGAGGCUGAGAAGCAGAAGGGGGGUGGGGGCGCCAGCAAAGGUGGCCUCGCGGAGGACAAGGGGGACGACGAGCUGCUGGGGCCGACGGCUGCCGGGGACAAAAGCGGCGGACGCCGCCUGCGGGACUUGAGGGACAGUGACCCUGAGGAUGACGAGGACGAUGACGACGAGGACCCCUUUCCCUACAGCAACGGCACGGGAGCGCACGCCGUCUCCUCCGACUGCUCGUCUGAGGCCGAUUCCCCACCCCCGCGGCCCAACGCACCCGGGCACCAGCCCCCACCCCAGUAGGGGCCCCGCGCCCCAGGACAGCCCCGCGGCCCCCAGGCACCAGCCUCCGCCCCAGGAGGGGCCCUGCGCCCCAGGGCAGCCCCGCGGGCCCCCGCCUCGAGGCCGCGCGUCCUGGGGCAGGUUCGGGCGCCGUGCCUGUCUGCUCUCCCAGGGACCGAGAGAGAGGGAGGUCCGACGGGUGCACCCUUGAACUCCUGUCCUUUUUAAUUUAAUUUUGGUUAGUGUUGGGGGUGCUGUUUGUCAGACGACCUGAGCGCCACCAGGGGAAGGCCCCCACUCCUCCCCACUCCUCCCCACUUCCUGAAUGGAGAAGGCCGGGACCUACAGUGUUGGACGACCUGGAAAACUUGAGUAUUGAAAAAGGGAAACUGUUUUGUGCUUACCUAUCUGGGGGGAACUUUAUGUCACGAGCUUUCAAACUGCUGGAAAUCUCAAAACUGUACUGUCUUUAUUUUUGUACAUUGUAUUUAUAUAUAUAUAUAUAUAAAGAAAC